AUGGUCUCGCUCAAGCUCACCGCCGCCGCCGCUCUGGCCAUCAUGGCCGCCACCUUCGCCGAGGCCGCCCCUACCGAGGCUCAGCCCGUCCAGCUCGAGGAGCGCACCUUUGGCCUCCUCUGGCAGUACAAGUCGAACUUCUUCUGCAAGGCCCCUUGGCUGCACGCCUCCAAGCCCUACUGGUGCCACGGCAUCCAGAUCCCCGGCAUCCCCACCUGGGACGGCGCUGAGUCUGCCAAGUGCAAGCACCCCCUCUACGCCCUCCUCCACCCCUGGUGCAAGAAGGGCAACACGCCCCAGCCCAACCCCCCGAACUGCCAGCCCAGCCCCGGCCCCGCUCCCGGCGGUGACGGCCCCGAUGGCCAGUGCACGCAGGGCUACAAGCAGGUCUACAAGAACUACGAGUCCACCGCCGAGACCGGUGCCUGGAAGGGCCAGGUCAAGGGCGCCGCCACCAUCGACAACGAGAACUACAUCACCUACGGCCUCGUCCCCGACCUUGACCACUGCCUCGACGCCUGCGACGCCAAGGAGGGAUGCGUCUUCGUCAACCUUUACCAGGACAACGCCGACAGCCCCGAGGACAUCGCGGAGCUGCCCCCCUCCGCCCAGGAGAAGUACCAGAAGGGCAAGCUCACCUGCGCCAUGUACCGGGCCUGCUCGGGCACCGACAAGGCCACCAACUGGGCCGGCCAGCAGGACCCCACCUACAUCACCGAGUCCUCGGCCUACUGCAGGGGCGCCGGCUGCCAGAAGUGA